GGUCGCUCUGCCCGCUGCACGUGUGGCCAGGCCGGGACCCGCAGCAGCCCGGCCCCAGGGUCCAAACGGGGACCCCGACCCAGGUCCUGUGUACAUUGUGGCAAGCUGGACCCAGUUUCUGGAGCAAGGUCUCCUGGUUUCUGAGGUUCUCUGGGCCUAAAUUCUGCAGAAAACUGGAAAUUCUGUGGCACCUUCAGAAAUAUUUUAUGAUGAAGGCAUAUCACUUCGAGAGCAAUCAGACAUGCAAGUAGCCCUUCCAAAAAUCAAGCAAGUUCUUGAAGAGAUUUAAAAAUAGAAAAUUUUGAGUUUUAUUAUGGAUCACAAGACUGAAGGGAAAAGGAAGCAGCGACAUAGCUUGACUUUACUGGAUCAAUUAAACAGUAUGAAAGAAUUAACACAAAUGAUUGAUGUGGUCCUUGUAGCAGAAGAUGAGAAGUUCCCCUGCCAUAAAUUGAUAUUGGCUGCAUUCAGUCCCUAUUUCAAAGCUAUGUUUACCUGUGGCUUGCUUGAGUGCACCCAAAGAGAAGUGGUGCUCUAUGACAUCUCGUCAGAGAGUGUGUCCAUAAUACUCAACUACAUGUACAGUGCAGAUUUGCACCUCACUAAUUUCAAUGUCCAAAGUGUUGCUGUUGCUGCAUUUUUUAUGCAGAUGGAAGAUGUUUUCAAUGUGUGUCAGAAAUACAUGAUGGACCAUAUGGAUGCUUCCAACUGUGUGGGGAUCUACUAUUUUGCAAAGCACAUUGGGGCAGAGGAAUUGUCCGAUCAAACCAGGCAAUAUUUGUAUCAGCACUUUGCUGAGGUGAGCUUGCAUGAAGAAAUAUUAGAGGUUGAAGCACAGCAAUUGCUGAGUCUCAUAAGAUCAGAUGAUCUGAAUGUAUCCCGGGAGGAGAACAUUUUGGACUUGGUCCUCAGAUGGGUGAACCAUAGCAGAAAAUCACGUGUCGAGUACCUGAUUGAACUCCUGAAGCAAGUGAGACUGGAACUUGUAAGUCCUUCUUUCCUAGUGGAAGCUCGGAAAAGGAACACGGUUCUUCUCUCUAACUCAGAAUGUCAUGAUAUGAUUGAUGGAGCAUUAGAAACUAUAAAGAAAUCCACCCACCCCUCUCUCAGUCUUCGCUAUGGCAUGGAGACCACCAGUCUUCUACUUUGCAUCGGCAAUAAUUCUCUGGGGAUUCGAUCAAGACAUGGUAGCUAUGCAGAUGCCAGUUUUUGUUACGCUCCUGCAACACAAAAGACUUACUUCAUUUCCUCCCCAAAGUAUGGUGAGGGUUUAGGAUGUGUGUGUACCGGUGUUGUCACUGAGAACAAUGAUAUUAUUGUGGCAGGGGAGGCCAGUGCUGCCAAAAUGUCUAGACAAAAAACCAAGAACAUUGAAAUUUAUAGGUACCACAAUAGAGGAAACCGGUUUUGGCAAAGUUUGUGCACUGCUCAGUUUCGUGAACUCUAUGCCUUGGGCACUGUUCAUAAUGACCUGUAUGUCAUAGGAGGGCAAAUGAAACUGAAAAAUCAAUAUCUGGUCACAAACUGUGUUGAGAAGUAUUCCAUGGAGCAAGAUAGCUGGAGAAGCGUGGCACCUCUUCCAGUGCAACUGGCCUGCCAUGCUGUGGUAACAGUAAAUAAUAAACUCUAUGUGAUGGGAGGCUGGACACCACAGAUGGAUCUCCCUGACGAUGAGCUGGAUCGAUUAAGUAACAGAAUGUUGCAGUAUGACCCAGGCCGAGACAAAUGGACAGAGUGCACACCAAUGAAGUACUCCAAAUACCGUUUCAGCACAGCUGUAGUCAACAGUGAGAUUUAUGUCUUGGGAGGAAUUGGCUGCUUGGGUCGAGACAGGGGACAGGCACGGCAAUGUCUUGAUGCAGUGGAGAUUUAUAACCCUGAUGGGGAUUUUUGGAGAGAUGGGCCUCCGAUGCCUUCUCCUCUCCUCAGCUUACGAACCAACUCCACUAGUGCAGGCUCGGUGGAAGGGAAGCUAUAUCUCUGCGGAGGAUUUCAUGGAGCAGCUCGCCAUGAAAUUAUCACCAAAGAGAUCCUAGAGCUGGAUACGUGGGAAAACCAGUGGAAUGUGGUGGCCAUCAACGUCCUCAUGCAUGACAGCUACGAUGUCUGCCUUGUAGCUAGACUGAACCCCCGAGAUCUUAUCCCCCCACCCUCUGACCUAGUGGAUCAAUAGAAAUGCAGUUGUUCCUUGUGCUUCCAGAUUCUGCUGUAGCUGAAGAGCUCAGAAUAGAGAGAGAUGUGCAGCUUGACCUCAGAAGUGGCCUGAGGUGAAAAUUGGGUUCUACAGAGAUGAGUCUGUGACAUGCUCAAGCAAGCAGUGUCUUAGACCUGUGAUCUCAGCCACUGCUAUGUACUCAGUAUUGGUACUUCAAGCUUUUGUGAUUGGUACUAUGGGCUUCCCAUCCCAAUAAGCCUCUGGAGUUGGCCCAGGCACCCUACCACAGCACUUCAUCGUUUAGCCGUGUAAGCUCUAAUGUACAACGCAGGUUGGGCUGCUGUGGGCCUUAGCCUCACCAUCAUAGUUGCAGCUCAAGGCCCAUUGCAGGGUAAAGCAGCACAACUGAAUGAGAGCCCUAGCAGGUGCAGAUAAAGUUUCAAGGGAAGAUUCUGCCUUCACGUACAUGCUGUGCACCCCAUUGAUUUCAGCAGGGUUAACGUGGGUGUUAAGAGCUUGCAGAACUUGGUCUGAAAUUGGUACAGUUGCCCAAAGGGGUAGAUUGAAGCUGGCCCAGUGCAUGAGCAGUGGUAGUGGGAGAGAAGAGGCAAGGAGCCUUCCUUUCUUUUGCACUCCUGCAGAGGGGCCAAGCUUAGUCCCAGUGGGGAGCACAGACUAGAGCAAAUAGUAAUACUAACUACCUUAAAGAGGUUGGGAUGAAUGUAGGCUGUGGCCCUGCCUCCAUCCCCUCUGGAGGUGAACCAGUUCUGGGGGAGAGCAUCCUGCAUCUUCGCUCAGUAUUCUGAAGCUCCUGCACCAGUGUCAGGAGGAAAUCCAGUGCUCAGGGGCUUGCGCUGCUGUGUGACCAGGUGUAGCCAGUACCUUGAAGGUACAGUUUGGCUCAGUUUUGAAGCCCUUAUUAGUUACAACUUUGAAUACAAUAUUUGAAAAGGGGGGGGAGAGAAAUGAAACACAAAAAUAAAAAUUAAACCAACUUUAUCAUCAGCAAAUGAGAUUUGCUGCCAUGCAUCCACACAAAGAGAACAAAGAUUGCGACGGCAGCUCCUCAGCAGUCUAGCAGUCAUUGUUUAUAUCAGGCUAUUGUUUAAAUAGAAGUAGCUUUCAUGUAGCAUUGGGAUAAACUCUGCACCAAAAGAGGGAUUUUGCUGUUUCCAGAGGGACUUAAGAGUAGUUCAGACAGAAUGAUCACAUUGAGCUUCUUGAAGCAGCAUUAGGUUCACAGGAUUAGAUGACAGUAGACUAGAAAUGUGCUGAAGUCUUGCCAGGUAGCUGAUAUUCAGUUUGAAUUAGUAAUAUCCUUUCAUGUGUACUCUGAUGCCUGCCUCAUAAUGUAUCUGAGUGUCAAUUCCUAGGCAGUACAGGCAAGGGGAUUGGGAAUCUGAGCAGUUCUGUUGGGCUGAAACUACAAUUGAGAGGAUGCUGCUUUACUCAUAAAAUGAGACCAUCUUUGGAGAACAUAGCAAUAUGUUAUAAAGUGCUGAAAUGCUCAAGAAUUCAUUUGCAGCAAAACGUUGCUGCUUUGGGUCACAAGACCAACAACAAAAAGGGCAAGAAGUGAUCAGGAAAGACAGCCUGAGUCCCCUCCGAGAGUUUGAGGACAGUCACUUGCAGAGCAGGAUUCACAUACUGGAAUGGUGCUCCACACUCUUCUUGAAUCCUAUAUUUGGUUCCAAAAGUUCCAGCAGUUUAUCAUUCUCCCUGCUGUGACUAGUAGCUGGAGGGAUGGAGAAGAUGACCCGAAUGGCCUUUCCCCUCUCUAAUUUCUGUGAUUCACUAACUAUUCCCUUGACUAUCCAGUGGGACUAUCAAUCUGUUUUAUAAAAAUACUCAACAGGAAGUUCACCAAAGGUUGCUCGAUACAUACAAUACUGCACUGAGGGUCAGUUGGGCAGUGGGUAUUUUGGUUUUUAGAAGGAAAGUAGAAAUGAGGCUGUGAGCCUUAUGAGUCAGCCUAUAUCUCCCUGCAUGUUCCCUAGGCAGGAUAUGUUUGACAGUCUAAACGUUCACAUUUGUGUCUCUCGCCUUUGUAACGUUAAAUCAUUCUUGUUCCUUUCCUAUGUUGACAUGUGACCUAGUGUAACUUUAGGGCCAAGAUUGCCAAGAUUGCCUCAGUGGUACAAGCUAAGGUGGCCAGUUCUUAGGAUCUCUUCUGAAAACCUGGGUUUUUAAAAGCUCUUUGCUGUCAGCACCCAGGUGACAUUAAAGUUGCCCGUUAACGUGUUGUAAAAAACACUAGAGAGUUUGCACAAUUUCUUAAAUUGUAACAAAGGACAUUUUCCUUAACCCUUGCUUUCACUGCAGAAAAAUUAUAUCUGCUGUGUUGAGUCAUUACAGUUCAGCUACACAGCUUUCUAGCUGACAAGGAUUGAUACUCUUGAAUGACAACUCACUUAGGUGGAAAGUUCUUAAAGACAUAGUAUCUAUCCUCAAGGUUACUUUGAACACUACAUCAACAUCGAUCAGUUUUGUUUCUUUCCUUUAUUAUUUUUCAUUUACAGCUUAGUGGGGAAAAUGUGUUGUUUUUGUUUGUUUUUAUGACUACUCCUGCUCUGGCUUCUAAGUUUCCUAAGGUUUAAAACUUAAAUAGAUCUACAGGGGUUGUGAAAUACACUCCAUUAUAGAGAGCUGCCCCUGAAGAUCCUAGGGGGACUUAAGUGAGGACAUUCCAGUUUGUGGUGGACACAGCGAAAGCCCCUCCAUCAAGCUUGCAUGCCUGGGAUGAAGUGACCUUUCCUCCCCACUCCUUAUCUAUUGUUUUUUGUAUAGUUAUUGAAAGAACUGAGUGAAAACUGUGUAGUCUAUCAAGGUCUGUCUUGCUAGCGGAAGGCAGUAAUAAUUAUUUCUUUGAAAAAGGAAUGCAAAAAACAUGUUUGAACAUGUUCAUGAAGGUCUAUAUUUUGCUGGCUUCCUACAAAUCUGUAAAACUAGGGUACUCUUUUUAACAUCUGUUUUUCCCACUGGUUGAAUGUUUAGUUUUGAGGGUCCUCUCUUUCUCUGUUAUGGCAUAUGAAGCCCUUCUGGCAAUUUGAUUCAUGAACCAUCAUGCUUUGAAUCCGUAGGUCAGAAUACCAGCUACGCUUGCGCCUCUCCCUAAAGGUUUUGAAGCAGACAUAACAGAUCAUGUACCAGCAGUUUCCAGAAGAAGGCAUUUCACCCCCAGUUGUGCUCAGCUGGAACUAGAACGUUAACAGUUUACUACCAUCUGAUACUUGGAGGUUGGAAGUAAAGGAUUUAUUAAAAAUUGGCUGAAAUAUACACGGGAUAUGCUCAUAAGUGCACCACCCUUAUUUUCCUUGGCAAACAUCUCAUCUCCGUGUAUGUUGUACCAUCCCCUCUGAGUGUCUGAUGGAAUGAUUUAAUAACCCACCCUCUGAUUUCAGCCACAGUGUAGUCUGCAAUAUGGGUCGUGAAUUUAUGCUGCACAGUGCAAAGAGCAGCAGAGUGUUAGAGGGCCGUGACGCCAUAUAGGCAGACCUGCCUCGCUAUAGGAAGUGUUAUUAAAUUAUAUUGCACAUAAUAAUGCAUUCUGUAAUAGAUAUGCUGUGUAUCUUAAUUCUAAAUUUUUUUAUAAGUUCUUUACUGCAGGAGAUGUGGUCGUUUCCACCAAGCCACAUGGCAAUUCUGCCCAAGUCCCAACUCAGCAAAGUAUAAACAUGUGCUUGCCUUUAAGCAUGUGAAUAUUCUCAUUGGAUUCAAAGGGACUAUUCACAUGUUUAAUGUCUGACACGUGCUGAAGUACCUUAUUGAACAGGAACCAAUAACUGGACUGGAAAAUCCUCUGUGUUUCUAACAUCCUCUGCUUUAAAUCAAUUGAAUUGAAAAGAUACCUUUUUUCCCUCAGGCCCCAGGCAAAUUACUAGGGCUAGAUGCUUUGACCAUGUCUUCCUGCUUCUCCAGUCCCUUCAGUGCCUGCCACUCUCCUUCCAGAUGAAGUUCAAAGCUUCCCAUCCUCAUUUUCAAAGCCUUCCACAACUCUGGCCAUUCCUGUAUCUUUCCUCUCAUGUCUGCCUACAUCUCAUCCCAUGCUCUAUGCUCUAGUUUCUCUCUUGAUCAUUCCAUUUGUCUCCUUGGCAAGCUUCCAGCUUCUCUCCUACUUCCACGCCAUCCCUUAGGCUUAGAACAACGUCUCCAUUUAUGUUUACCCUACCCAGCUUCUUCCUCCUCCUCCAAAAACCUCUUUAAGAUCCCUCUGUUCCAUGAACCAUUCUAGCUUUAGAGGGUAUGUCUACACUGCAUUUAAAAACCCACAGCUGGCCCAUAUGGCAGGUGACUGGGGUUGCAGGGCUGUUUAAUUGUGGUGUAGAUAUUCAGGCUUGGGCUGCAGCCCGAGCUAAAAUGUCUACACCACAAUUAAACACUCCCAUAGCUCAAGCACUGUGAGCCAGAGUCAGCUGGCACAGGCCAGCUUUGAGUUUUUAAUUGCAAUGUAGACAUACCCAAAGAGUACAGAGGAUCCCAUACUGAAUCCCUGGAUUAAAACACCCCAACACUGGGGGAAGUUCAGAUCCCAACCAAAAUUUUGCGGCUCAGUCUCAUGGCGAAUAAAGAUCACCUCUUUCUCUAUGUUUGCUGGGCUUUGCAAUGCCCUUGGUCUUAUGACUACAACACAGACCUCAGAGCUAGGAGACCUGAGUUGUAGUCACAGUUGUGCCACAGUCUCAUUGUGCGACUUUGGGCAAGUCACUUUACCAGUCUGCUUUAGUUCCGGUAUCUGUUAAAUGGACGUAAUGAUACUGACACAUCUCAGAAUGGGGUGGGAGGAUUAAUCUGUGUUUGUAAUGGCUCUGAGAUUUUUGGAAGAAAAGGACUAGGUAAGAGAACAGAACCAAGUGCCUAGUACAUUGUUCAUGCCACACCAAUAAUAGUAACCUGUGCAAAGUAUUACUGUUGUCUCUGAUCUUUGAACUUCAGUUGCUGCACAAAGAGUCUGAAGCAUAGAUGAUGCUACCUUCCCUUUUGCAGAGUGGGUUAUUACCUCAGACCAGAUUCUCUCCUGUGACUACAAAGGGCCCACAUCUCACCAGAGAACCCAGUCUCUAAUGUGUAAAGUCUUAAUAUAGAUACUUCUUCUGAAUUUCGCCUUUUCCCAGUUACCCUUUAUAAAAUUGCAUGAUUUUGCCAGCUUUUCUAUGGAGAACAUGCCCUGUUCUGGCCUGCUGGUGCUUCUGAUUCUUCACAACCAGAAGUAAAGUGCUGGUGCUAAAAUGUUAUUCAGCUCCACAAUUUCAUUGUCUCAUUCCUUGGCUUCAGAGUGGGGAAAACUUACCUCACUAGGCAUACAGUAAUGAAAGAGAACCCAUUUCUCACAUGGACCCUACACCUGACCCCUUCCUUCAAAAAUGCUGCUGAGAUCACCACAGUAUUUUAAAAUUAAAAACAGUGAUUCCCAGUUAGAGUCAGGCAAAUAAAUGUGAACUUUCUAAUACAGAAGCAAGUGCAGAGAGAGUUGUCUAGAGGUAAGAGCACAGGUGUGGGAAUUAGAACUCCUGAUUUAUAUUUCCAGCUCUGUAACUUGGGCAAAUCACGAAACUUUGUUGUGUUUUGGUUUAGCCAUGAAUAAAGCACAUAUAAAAACACAUCUACUUUAUGCUCUUUGCUGUUAGGAGGUGUAAUUAAUUAAUGUCUGUAAAUCACUUUGAGAUCCACAGAUCAAAAGCACGAUAGAAAGGCAAAGUUUUAUCAUUACUCUACAAUUGCCGUCCCUCUGGUUUUGUCAACACCAUUCUUCAAAGCUCUCAGAAACCUAUUCUUCUUGCAUUAGGAGAUAUUGGGUAUUUGCAGAUAACAAGGAGUGUUUUGUGCACUCCUUAACAGAAAAGGCAAUAAAGGAUAUCAAUUCAUGUAUAAGGAACACUGUACAUUAUCUAGGGAAGGGAGGAACGAGGUGUAUAUGUGUAUUCCUUGGCUGCUAGUAGUGUUUCUAGAGAUGCAGCACUAAUCACAGAAAUGAAAGAGGUCACUCUUUGGAGCUAAAUUUGAGCUGUAAUCUUUAAAAAUAAAUUAAUUGUGCUUCUUAUGAAAGUGUUUCUGAUUUAGUAAAUGAUGUAAUUUGACAAAGUGCACAGACAGCCAUCAACAAUUGGUAAUAGGCAGAAAAUAGAAAGUGGUUUAUAGGGGCGCAGUAGACUCACUGGGUAACUGAUACCUGAGCUGAAUUUAGACCAUACACCUCACUAGCUUUGAUUAGGCAAGCAGCUGUUGGAAGUCUCCUGGGAUUCCUAUAAGGAAUAUACAUCUGCCAUUCACCUAACUGGCCGCUUCAAGGCACAAUUGUGCCAAAGAAAUCACCUGAAAAAGAACAUUUAUUAGAGGGAGCAUCAGGACUUUGUUAAAUGUAAACAUAGCGCGAUCUAUUUGUUGAAAUUACUGGAGUUACAACCCAGAUUAAUGAGACCUUAUCCAUCCUUCUGCAUAUGUAGCUAAUUUUAGCUGACCCAACAAAUAAUGUAUAAGGCUUAAGCUCUGGGUCCCAAAAGUUCCCUUCUUCCAGGGAUGGGCAAAUUAUGCAGCGAUCACCUUUAUUUUUUAAUCAGUGGUGAGGUAUGUUGACUGUUUGCUGUGGUUUGCAGUGAUAAAAUACACAGUGAAGUUUAUGCUGCAGGACAAGAUUGAUUUUAAUUAGGAAGCUGGUUUAGUUGCUUUGUUUCACUUGACCUUUUAAAUUGAAAGCCUGUGUUAGAGUUAAUUGAUAACUUCUUAAAGAAGAAAACAAGCAAGCAAAUAGUGAGUAAACACCAAUAUAAAAAGAGAAGGGGGCCUGACUUUUACUCCCUUGCACUGGUGUAAAAUAGGUGUGACUCUUUUGAAGUCAAUGGAGUUGCACUGGUGUAAUAAAAGUGUAAGUGAGAGGAGAAUCAGGCCUAAUAUUUUCCCCAAAUUCAAACUCAUCUCAGGAAGAGGCUCACAGUGUUGGAUUCUUCCUUUCUCUAGUGAACCAGAAAAGGAAAGAGGAAUACAUGGCUUGAGGGAUUGCUAAUAGAAUAGUGCACCUUUCCUUCUGGAUCACUGGUUCAAAUCUAGUGCUGGUCAGCAGGGUUUGAAAGUCAUUCCCAGCUGAUGGCUGCACAUUGUCCCAUGUGAAGUGAGUUGGUGGGUCUCAGUUUAGCUCCUAGUGGAUAGAUAUCCAAAUUACUAAAAAAGUAUCAUCAUGGUUGGUUUCCUUGUUGGCACUCUGAGACGAAAGGUCAAGGUCUAAAUGGACCAUGGAGAUUCUCAUUCCGCUCUGAUCCUCAGACAUCAUUCCUCCAGGUCAGGGUUGAGGAACACUGACAUAACAGUCUGGAGGAAGCUUGCACUGCUGUUGCUUGUAGUUGUACCUCUUCUAUGGAUGGGAAGGGGUCAACACCCAGGACUGUCAGUCUGGCAUCUCUCAUGAGUACUAAACUCCUCCUUUUCAGACUUAAGAAGAUAAAUAGAAAGGGGAUAGGGUGGGGGAAGAAGAACCCUCUCUCAUACCUAACCUUGUCUUUAAACUCACCUUAGCUGUUGUCUGGCUCCACUCACAGUAGAAAAGAACAUGUUAAAAACAGUAUAACCAGUUAUCGAGCUAAGGUCAUCUUAACACCUGUGGAGAGGAGAAAGGCAAUAUUUUGUCUCUGUCCCAAAUGUCACAGCAGACACUUCAGCCGUGUUAAGUUUUGGUAUGCUUAUUACUGUGCCUGGAUAAAAACUCUCAGAAUAAUGGGCAAGGUUGUCGGUCUGGUGUGUCCUAAGAUGUCUUUGAGCUGAGGGUGAAAUUCUGCUGUCUGUUAUACUGAGAAUACCACUGAAAUCAAUAUGUUUAUGCUGGUAUAACUGAGUCGCUAACCAAAUCUCUAAGAACAGGUACCUUGGGCUUUUCCUGGUGAUUAAAAAAAUAUCCCAUGAUAAACCAA